AUGGUCGAAUUGACAUGGAACAGAAACCCCGUUCCGGAACCGCGAGCUACGAAAUCCAAACCAAUGGCGCCUCCAAUGCCAUCGCAGCCGCAGGUGCCUGAAAAUAUCGCCUUUGGUCCCUGUGCUUCGACCGCCUCCCUGUUUCUAUAUGCUCAGGGCUCGGUGAUCUUGUGCCUGCAUCAUGACACGCUUGCGAUUGAGCGGAAGUUCGAAAGCCAUGCCGAGGAUGUGAGUUUCAUAUCCGUGGAUAAUGUCAGCGAGCGAGGUGCAGGGAGGUUGGUGGUUAGCUACGAUGUCGGACAGACAGCAAUUGUCUGGGAUUUGUUCACAGGAAAUGCGAUCGCACGAUUUGCCUCCUUCGAACAGUUACGAGUGGCAUCUUGGAUGCGAAACGGGAAUGUGGUCUUUGGAAAUGAGAAGGGGGAUGUGAUUCUCUUCGAACCGUCUACCUCCGAAAAUAUAUCUUGUCGCACCAUUUUUGACCCUAUUACCGCCUUAGCGCCAGGGUCCGAUUGUCGGACUUAUGCUAUCGGAUAUCAGAACGGUUCGAUCCUAAUAACAACCCUUCAUCCGACCUUUACUAUUCUUCAUACCAUGUCAACUUCCCGCGGCCCAUCACCGAUUGUGUCGUUGGCAUGGCAUGCUUCGUCGUCAAAGCAAAAGUCGGACAUGCUGGCUACCCUGGCGGCUAACGGUGAUCUCAGAGUCUGGAGCGUGGCCAAACCGCCGGGCAAGGAGCCACCGCGUGUGAUCCGGAUCUUGAAGAGGUCAGAUACUUCUUCUUCUGCAGAGCCCAAGUGGAUGGCUUGGUCAAAGAAUGGAAGGAUUGUGCAGUAUUUGGACGGCGAAACAUGGUCAUGGGACGUCAGGACAAAGCAUGUGACUUCGGAACCCAUUCCUACAAUAGACAAUCCUCGCGGGUUUGCCAGUUACGGAGCGACAGCCACACUGUUCACACUGGGUCCUCAGUAUACCGUGCAGCAGUAUGAUUUGGAUAACCCAGCCAUGGUAGCCAACGUACAGCAUCUCCCUGCUGGAGUACUUCCUACGUCUUUGGAGGAGGCCAGAACGGGCUCUAUGUCACCACGAACUCUGCAAGAGGCCCCUGAUAUGCGCGAGUCGGGCCCCCUAUUUGGAACCAGACGUGCCCCGUAUGACUCGAGUGGCAUUGAUGCUGUGCGACAACAACGCGCGGACCUGACCAGUCCUGCCUCCUCCCGCAGCCAUGCGAACUCAGUGACCUCGAAGACCUCCUCUAACAAGUACAGGAUGAUGCCAUUUUCGCCACCCAGCAGAUCCGGCCAUACUGGUACCUCAUUCUCCAUGACUUCGGCCAGUGGCAGAGAGACCCCUCAGCCAUCCGGAGCGUCAUAUGCAUACGCUUCGUCGGUGUCGAUGUCUUCGGUCAAAAGCUCACGGGCUGGUGCCGGCUCUCGGUUGAGAAACGAGGUUCAACUGAGUCCUGCUGAUAAACCAAUCGACCUGUUCCCUUUCACACGCGCACGCCUCAAUGACGUGCCGUAUAGAUCCCAUCGCCCACUGGAUGAGUCGCACUUGACCCCAGAUGAUCUACGACAGCAAAUGCUGAAUCUCGUUUUUGGCUGGGAGGGGGAUAUUGAUGGAUUGAUUAAUGAUGAGCUGAGCCGUCACUCCCCGGGGAGUCCGAGCGCCAUUAUACUAGCCCAGUGGCUUGGAGAAUCAGAUACCGACGAUAUGGUUUCCAUGCUUUCGUCGGGCCCUGCUUCUACCGCAGACUGGAUGCUUUUAGCUUUCAGUCAGAUGAGUGGUGAAUCGCAGGCUAACAAAGUUGGUCAGGCCUUUGUUCAAAAGCUGCUGGAAAUUGGCGACGUACACACCGCGGCAACGGUCUCCCUGGGACUCGGGGAUAGGAACGAUGCUAUUGAAGUAUACGUGUCGCAGAACUACUACAUGGAGGCCAUUUUAAUGACCUGUCUUGUUAUGCCAACUGACUGGCAGCGCCAAUCUUUCUUGGUGAGGUGCUGGGGAGAACAUGUUGUUUCGCACUCCCAGCAGCAGCUUGCGAUCCGCUGUUUUAUGUGUACAGGAGUGGAACCUUCAGAGCCCUGGACUUCGCCGGCGGCCCAACAGGCUGCGUCAUUUGCCGAAGUCAUUUCGAGGAGGUCUCCUAUGACAUCCCCAGAGCCUCAAUUUCAAAAUCCAGCGAAUUUGCUGGCUCCUCCAAACCCUCAACCCAAGGGCGCAAGCGAGACGAGACAGCCGGCCAAAACACCAGCGCUCAAGCUGAUCACUUCCUUUGAUUCUCAGCCAAGCCACAAAUUCCGAUUUCCGGGGUUGAAAUCUGAUGACCGGACACCGACCAAUGCUCCCGGAAUCACCCCGAUCGCCGAAUCCGCCGUCGGGGAAUCAGCUGUCUCUCCCGGAGGAUUUGGUUCUUACAAAAUGAACAAUGUCCAAAGUAUCAACAACGCGGUGAAUCCUAGAACUGGAACCCCGGGGUUCUCCAGGCGACGUCUCCCUUCUAUUGGAGAGACACCUGUGGAUGUGCACCCGCCAACCUUCCCCUCCAAUGGCUUCAUCAAGCCCGAGGAUUACAGUUCAACAUCGGAGAAUGACGAUGCUCAGCAAGAUAAGGAACAGCCCAAGCAAAAAGGAAAGCUUGGACUGCUUACUUCCGCGCGCUAUGAACCAGAUGAGAGCUAUAAGCCGAGCCCCCAGACUGCAGUCCAAGCCAGCUCAGACAAAUUUGCAGGCAUCAAAGGUCUUCCUGCCCCCGCUGCUGGAAUAUUCGAUGCCUUCAAAGAGCGAUCAGACAGCCGAAUGGGAUCUCGAGACCGGAAGCCGGAUGGCUUGCAGCUUCAGUUGCAUCACGUGAACUCGUCCCAAGAAGACCUGAAUGAACAGCCGGAUCCGAUGAUGGGCAGUUUUCGGAGCCCAGCGUCUACGUUGAACGGCUACAGCUCUGCGAAAAGUCCCAGCGUUAGUGGUCGUAGUAUCGACCAGUACAUAAGCAGCCUUGACGAGGCUAACUACCACGCGAGAAGAACCCAAGGCCACCGCUCACAAGGCCGAGGACGCCGAAAUACGGACGAUGCAGCCAGUCAGAGCUCUGCCCGACGACAUCACUCCAGGAAUACCUCCCAAGAGACAAGAGGACGGCAUGAAAACCGUUACAUCCCUGCGGCCAAGCGCUCACCUUCUUCUCCAGUUCCAAUGUCCCCUGAAGAGUUGGCUCAUUAUCAUAAUAUUGAGAAGAAUGGGGAGAGCCAUCGGAACAAGCUUUCAUCUAAAGCACGAAGCACUAGCCGAGUGAGGAAACCCCGUUCUCGAAAUUCUUCAGAGCGUCGCAACAAUCGCUCUUCUAGUCGGCACACAGCUAGUCGUGUAGCCCUGGAAAAGAACGAGCCCUCAAGAGGUCGCAGCAUGGAUAGACCGGCGUCGCGUCCGAGGUCUCCCUCCUCUCCAAUUCCCAUGUCCGUCACAGACGAUGCUUUGAGGCUCGUCACCAGUGAUAGAGAGCGGAGAACCCAGCAGCGAAGUAGUAGCCGCCGUCCAGAGAAAGGUGCUGGUGCGACUAGCGACUCCUCCCCGGAAACUAGACGCACGAGGGUGAGGUCUCGCAGCCGUCAAGGUCACGAUUCGAGGCCACAAACUGUUCAUGACCAGGACGAGUCGAUGAUUAUUGGCCAUGGCAACGAGGACAUCAUCUUGGACGUCAAGACCCAGGAGUUAACCGCUAUGCUCUCUCCCGAACAGGCCAGAGAAAUCCACUCUGCAACUGUGCCGCCGACUGGAUUGUCAGAGCAGAGAAGGAAAGAGCUCGCCGCUGCCGAGUUGGAAGCUCGACGCCUGUCGCUGGCACGCAACCCAUCCGCGCCUAAUAUCCCAUUCCCGGGAGAACUGCAGCCCUCGCGGGGCGCCUUGGAGAGCCCGCCUUUCUCAGUCAACUCUUUUGGUCCUCGGACACCGGGCCGACGCAGAGUUUCGUCGAGCAAAGGCUCGCCGGAGUAUCCGAGUAGCUCCGAUUCGAACUCAUCCCGAUCUGGCGGCCCGCCGGGGUUGCCGUCAACCCCGAAGGCAAUGCGACACCCGAGAUAUAACGGGUACGAGGAGACCGUGCCAUCAGUUCCUCCCGUGCCUGACAGUGCCACUCUUCUAACCGACCCGCGAUACUUCAUGGGCGAGGCGGAGAGAAUUGGCCGGUCCAUGUCUGUUCCAGUGCCCGAAAACCAGCAGACAGGAGCCGUGCCCACUGACCUGCCCACCCACCCGAGAUUCAACCCGCGCCUUCCAAGGAGUCGCUCAACCAGCAGAGGCCGAAACGUGAGCCAUCGACGAGAGGGCUCGCGGGAGAUGAGCGGGUCAGGUGGCUACAGCUACGGUGGUUCUCCCGUGACCGUCAGCAUCGAGGAAACCAUCGAGAAUGCUAUGCAACAAAAGCAGGUCGAAAACCCUCCCAUCCUGCCGGAGCUGCAGCACUUGAACACUCCUCCCCCACCCCCACCCCCAUUCAUUCCUUUAUCGUCGGGGGGCGCAUCUCCGCGAGAAUCUUCCGGCACCAUUGACAUUGCCAUUGACAAUAACGAGAACAUGGGCAAAUUGCUUCCUCGGGCGAUGACUGCCGCUCCAGCCCCUAACAUGGAGACACGCCCCACACUCGAGCGCCGCCGGAUGUCUUUUGAUCACCGUCGCGGCCGAAGUGUGAACGAAAGCUUCACUACGAAAAUCCGCAACUUGACCCGGAUGGGUAGCCGUGGACCCGAAUCCUGGGUGCAACCUGGCGAGAUGAAUAUACCUUACGAAAGCGUGCAGAUGGCCGAAGGUCGGAUGUAA